CAUCAUUUGUAACCAUAGAGCAUGAAUUACCUCUUGAAGUCAUCAGAGAGAAUUUACGACUGGUCAACAAAGGCACGUGAUGCCCUAACGCUCUCCCAUAUUUGGCCGCAUACAUGGCAAAAACGAAGUACAGUGCAUUGCUAUAAUUCAUUAUUACAUCAUAAAUUGUGCGGCGCUGGAUUUUAACGACCAAGAUCUACAAAUCAAGACAUUUUAAAACAUCCAAAUGAGCUCUUAUUUUCUAAACUCGUUCUCAGGGCGCUAUCCAAAUGGGUCUGACUAUCAGUUACUAAAUUAUGGUACUAACGGCGCUAUGAACGCUUCUUACAGGGACUCCACCAGCAUGCAUUCCGGGUCUUUCGGUUACAACUACAAUGGAAUAGACCUUAGUGUAAAUCGUCCCAACAAUGGCCAUUUCGGGGCAGUUGGAGAUAAUUCUCGCGCUUUCCAAAACCAGGGUCAGGACACCCGGUACAGACAGUCGAGCUGCUCGCUCUCGUCUCCAGAUCCCCUGUCUUGUGCCACCAGCGAGGCUCUGGAAUUGAAAGGUUCAUCUCCUACAUCUGACCAGGGCACACCAACGGGCAACAACAGACUCAACAGCAACAGCAACAAUCUCACCAGCAGCAAUAGCACACAUUUUCCAGACACUGACGAGACCAACGUCUCGUCCGAGACCGAGGAUGGAGCACAGACGAACAGCACCACACGUACGCAGAAGCAAGAAUCUGUCGCGACCUCGACUACAACACCCAACGACGGUCAAAGUCCACAGAUAUUUCCAUGGAUGAGGAAACUGCACAUUAGUCAUGAUAUGACUGGACCUGAUGGGAAACGGGCUCGAACAGCCUACACUCGGUACCAGACGCUCGAGCUGGAGAAAGAGUUCCAUUUCAAUAGAUAUCUCACGCGCAGGAGGAGAAUAGAGAUAGCUCACGCGCUGUGCCUCUCAGAGAGGCAAAUCAAAAUCUGGUUCCAAAAUCGCAGGAUGAAAUGGAAGAAGGACAAUAAACUGAAAAGUAUGAGUCUGGCUACAGCGGGGAGCGCUUUUCAAAAUUGAUCAUAUGUCGUUAUCGGUUAAAAAUUCGACUACUGUUACAGCGCUGCACCUUUCGGCUUGCUGAUAUCACCUGACAACGUGUAAUUCUCCUGUGCAACGGAAAUUGUCAGCUGUUGAAUAUUGUUAUCACUUAUGCUAAACCAGUUACAAUUGCCAUAAAAUGAGUGUGAAUGUCAAGUGUGUCAAGUUUAUACAUUUGUGGAGGAAAGCAUGUUCCAUGUGAGCUAUUCGUGCAACGUACCCUAGACUUGUUACAAAGAUUAUGUACAACUCGCACUACCUAUAACACUGUCUUAAAAGAUAGUGGAAAAAAACGCAAAUUUUUGUUGUAUCCUUGAACCUGUAUUGAAACGUCAUGUAUUAUUCACGCAACAUGCUAUAUUCUUGUUAUGUGUCAGGCUUAAUGAUUUCUCGUAGAUGAUACCUGCAUCUCGAGAAAAAUAAAUAUUUUCGCACUUACAAUUUGUGUACUUAGGUUGCAGCACAAGAUUAUUUUGGGCUCGUAAGAUGUCCUAUGAAGAAUGUCUUUAUACAGUAGUGACCAAUAUGUUAUUUGUAGUGCACAAUGUGAGUUAUGGACGUUCUGUGUUAAAAGUUGGAGAAAAAAAAUGUUUUGUCAUUGACAUGUUGAUGGUAUCUGCCUUUUUGUAUUUGUGUCUUAAAUGAAAAUAAGUUCAUUCUAAAAGAAAAAUAAAGUUUUCUCUCAGUCUCA